ACAUUCAGUCAGGUUCGUGUGUACGUUCACUUCUAGAGAUUGUGCGUUGGAGACAAGUAAAGAAGAGGAGUUUAACCCUCCUGAAGGUUUUCCUGGCACGGAUAUGGAUGUACCGGACUCUCCCCAUGGGAACAUGGGGCUGUUGAGGACCUUUGAUUCCUCUGAAUUUGGCAGCUGGGAAAAGAUAGGCUCAGGUGGCUUUGGACAAGUAUACAAAGUCCGGCAUGUACAGUGGAAAACAUGGCUGGCUAUCAAGUGCCCUCCCUGCCUUCAUGUGGAUGACAAGGAGCGUGCAGAACUGCUAGAGGAGGCGAAGAAGAUGGAGGCGGCCAAGUUUCGCUACAUCCUCCCUGUUUAUGGGAUCUGUGGGGAUCCUCAGGGCCUGGUGAUGGAGUAUAUGGAGACGGGCUCCUUGGAGACCUUGCUGGCAACCGAGCCGCUGCCCUGGGAGCUCCGCUUCCGAAUCAUCCACGAGACCGCAGUGGGAAUGAACUUCCUCCACUGCAUGAACCCGCCGCUGCUCCACCUGGAUCUGAAGCCAGCUAACAUCCUGCUGGACGCACACUAUCAUGUCAAGAUAUCAGAUUUUGGUCUGGCCAGGUGGAACGGUCUGUCGCGAGCUGAUGACAUCAGCAGAGAUGGCUUCUGUGGCACCAUCUCCUACCUGCCUCCCGAGAGAAUCAUUGAGAAGGACAGGGUGUCCGACACCAAGCAUGACGUCUACAGUUUUUCCAUCGUCAUCUGGGGAAUUCUUACACAGAAGAAGCCCUACCAAGGAGAGAACAAUAUCCUGCAGAUCAUGGUGAAGGUGGUAAAAGGGGUGCGUCCAGACCUGGGGGCAGUGCCACGCUGUCGACCAGCAGCCUGUACUGGCUUCAUGGGCCUCAUGCAGCGCUGCUGGGCCACCUCACCUGAAGCCAGACCCAGCUUCCAGGAGAUCACAUCUGAAGCUGAGGAGCUCUACUCUAAACCUCAAGAGGAGCCCAAGACUCCAACCCCAGAGCCAGAGCCCACGCCCUGUAAUGGACUGAGCACAGACCAGGUUAAAGACAGCAAGUCAGUGCGCCCAAAAUCGGCCAUGUUGCCAGAAAAAGACUAUAGCUUGUCAGAGCUGCUGAGCCAGGUGGAUUCUGGGAUCUCGAGGAGCUUUGACCGUGUUAAGGAGGAUGGCUUCCGCAGCAAAGAAAACACUUGCAAGAGGCUGUCUGGCAUCUCUUCUAUAGAUUCAGCCUUCUCCUCCCAAGACUCCAUCACACUUUCCUUUGAGAAGGAAAACAUAUGCGAUUCUGCUGAGGUCCAGAAGCGGAAGCUGUGCGAGGCCAUCAGGACCAAGGACAUUGCUAAGCUGAUGAAGAUCCUCCAGCCUCAGGACGUUGACCUUCUUCUGGAUGGAGGAGGCAGCCUACUCCACCAUGCUGUCACUCUGGCCAACGAAGAGGCCGUCAAGUUCCUCCUCCUGAACAAUGCUAACCCCAAUCUGGCCAACGCUCGUGGCUCCACACCACUCCACCUGGCCACCGAGAAACACCUGAAGCCCCUGGUGGAACUUCUGCUGGGCCGACGAAGCACUAACGUCAACGCCAAGGAUGAGGACCAAUACACAGCGUUACACUGGGCUGCCCAGAAUGGAGAUGAGGCCAUCACACGCCUGCUGCUGGACCGGGGCGCUGCUAUCAAUGAGACUGACGGCCAGGGACGCACGCCAACCCAUGUUGCUUGCCAACAUGGCCAGGAAAAUGUAGUCCGCGUGCUGUUGAGCCGUGGCGCUGAUGUUCGAGUCAAGGGCAAGGACAACUGGACGGCACUGCAUCUGGCUGCCUGGCAGGGGCAUCUGGGCAUCGUCAAACUGCUAAUCAAGCAGGCCGGCGCCGAUGUGGACGGGCAGACGACAGAUGGGCGCACACCACUGCACCUGGCAUCCCAGAGGGGGCAGUACAGAGUGGCACGCAUCCUCAUUGAACUGGGGGCGGAUGUUCACAAGACGUCUGCUGGGUCAAACACACCCCUGCAUGUGGCGGCUGAGACGGGUCACACCAGCACCUCUCGUCUCUUGGUGAAACAUCGGGCGGACAUCAAGGCGCAGAACAGCCAGGGCCUCACUGCUCUCCACCUAGCCUCCCAGCGAGGACACCUACCCACGGUCAAGAUGCUACUAGAGGAGGGGGCAGACCCUUCCAGUAGCAGCCAAGCCCUUCGCACCCCCUGCCACCUGGCGGCAGAGAGCGGACACUGUGAAGUUCUCAGAGAGCUCCUCCUCCACUGCCCAGAUGGGGCUGGUCUCUCAGACGAGCAGGGCCUCAGUCCAUUACACCUGGCAGUGCAAGGGGGUUACACAGAUAUCAUCACUAUGCUGCUGCCGGAGCACUGCCAGGACUCCAUUACUGAAAGUGUGGUGCAACCAGUCGCCGAAAAGCCCAACCCACCAGUAGCCAGGCAACUCCAGAGGAAAGUCGUCAUUCUCAAACUGACAGAGCGCGAUAUCAGUGACUGUCCAGAACCUGCUGGCUCACAGUGCGCCUCCGCAUCCUGCUAAUAUCAGCAGAGACACUAUGAACAUUGUGCAGAACUGUCUUCACUGUACUUUUUAGUGACUGACCCAUGGGUGCCUUGAAAGGGGUCGGAGCUGCUCCAAUCUUUAAAGACCAGCUGUUGUUUAGCUUUUUGUAAAUACUUUUUUAAUUGUGUUAUUACAACAGCCAGCAAUCAUCAAUUACCAGACGGUAUGAUUCUGUGGUUUUACUGGACCUCUAAAAACCCCUUCAGCAUUGUAGCAUUUUGUAAGGGUUGGAAAAGCUUUGAUGUAAAUAUGUACACUGUAAAUAGAAAGUAUAAAUAGCGCACAGUAUCUUCUGUUCUGUUUGAACUGAAUUCUUCUUAUCCUCUGUUGUUAUUAUUAUUACUUUUUUUUUAACUUAACAAGCACAUGGUACUUAUGAGAGCUGUAAUUAGGACUUUUUCCAUGACCUAUUGGGAUUUCUACCCUUUUUCUACAACAUACUGCAGCUGGUAUACCUGGAAGUCAUAUUUAAUAAACCUCAAGAUUUAGUCACAAGCACAAGCUGCAGGUGAGUGUAGAUCAUCAGAGCCAUAAAAUUUACCAUAAGCUUUGACCUGUUACAUAUCAGUGCUAUAUCACCAUGCCACUUUUUUUUUUUUUUUUUUUUUUUUUUUAAAUUCUGCAUCUGAUUUUGCUUGAACUUGUUGCUUUUGUCUUAACCAGAAAAUCAGUCGCCAAAUGUUGUGAAAUGUGGCUUGCAUAUCAACCAGUCAACUGGCGGUGUUGAAUCCAGCAAACAGUUUUGACUUACUGCACAAAUGGAAU